AUGAGUAUUCCAUUUGGUUUGGAUUUAGGUAAUAUGAACUCCGUUCUAGCGGUAGCUAGGAACAGAGGUAUUGAUAUUGUUGUUAAUGAAGUCUCUAACCGUUCUACCCCUACUAUCGUUGGUUUCGGUGAGAAAAAUAGGUACAUCGGUGAAGCUGGUAAGAAUAAGCAAACUUCAAACAUCAAGAACACCGUCGAUAACGUUAAAAGAAUCAUUGCUCUUGAUUACAAUGAUGAUGACUUAGCCACCGAGUCUAAAUAUUUCAACUCGAAAUUGGUUAAAUUAGCUGAUGGUAAAGUUGGUACUCAAGUUAGAGUAGGCUCCGAGGUAGAGGAAUUCACUGCCACUCAAAUUGCAGCUAUGUUUUUAGGUAAAGUUAAGAACACUGUCGAAGUCGAAACAAAAUCUCCAGUCUCUGACGUUUGUAUUGCUGUCCCAGCUUGGUACAAUGAAGAACAGCGUUAUGCGAUUGCAGAUGCUGCUAAAAUUGCAGGCCUAAACCCAGUGAGAAUUGUUAAUGAAGUCACUGCUGCUGCUGUCUCUUAUGGUGUCUUUAAGACAGAUUUGCCAGAAGGUGAAGAAAAACCAAGAAUCGUCGCUUUGAUUGAUAUUGGCCAUUCUUCAUAUACUUGUUCUAUUGUUUCUUUCACAAAAGGUGAAUGCAAGGUUCUAGGUACUGCUUAUGAUAAACAUUUCGGUGGUAGAGACUUUGAUCAUGCCAUCGCUAACCAUUUUGCUGACGAAUUCGAUGCUAAGUACAAAUUAAAUAUUAGAGAAAACCCAAAGGCUUUCCACAGAUUGGUAAUUGCUGCGGAAAAAUUAAAGAAAGUUCUAUCUGCUAACUCAACUGCUCCUUUCAAUAUCGAAUCAGUAAUGGAUGAUCUAGAUUUCUCUUCUCAAUUAACACGUGAAGAUUUGGAACAAUUAGUGGAACCUUUAUUAAGUCGUGUCACUGAGCCAAUCACGGCAGCUAUUUCUCAAGCUAAGUUGGAUAUUUCCAAUAUUGAUGUCGUUGAAAUUAUUGGUGGUACCACCCGUAUCCCAGUCUUAAAGAAUGCUAUUUCAAAUGUCUUUAACAAAGACGUUUCUUCCACUUUAAACCAAGAUGAAACUAUUGCUAAAGGUGCUGCAUUCAUUUGUGCUAUUCAUUCUCCAACUUUAAGAGUCAGACCAUUCAAAUUUGAAGAUAUCCACCCUUACUCUGUAUCUUAUUAUUGGGAUAAGCAAGUUGAAGAUGAAGAUAACUUAGAAGUUUUCACAAAGAAUUCAACUUUCCCAUCAACUAAAUUGAUUACUUUACAUCGUACCGGUGAUUUCUCAAUGGGAGCCAAAUACACCAAUAAGGAGGAAUUACCAAAAUCAGUUAGAGCUGACAUCGCAUCAUGGGAUAUUACUGGUGUUAAAUUGAAUGACAACAAAGAAUCUAUUGAGGCAAAAUUGAAGUUAAGAUGUGACCCAUCUGGCUUACAUAUUAUUGAAGAAGCUUACACUGUUGAAGAAGUUGUCACCAAAGAAGAAAUUCCACUACCAGACGAUGCUGCAGAAGACGCUGAACCUGAAUACAAAGAAAUCAAGAACAUUGUCAAGAAAGACAAUCUAACAAUUGUUGCACACACAUUUGCAUUAGAUCCUGCUACUUUGAAUGCUUUCACUGAAAAGGAAAACGAAUUGUUUGCACAAGAUAAAUUGGUUGCUGAAACUGAAGAAAAAAUGAAUCAAUUGGAAGAGUACAUCUACUCUAUGAGAUCUAAGCUGUCCGAACAAUACUCUACUUUUGCUAGUGACGAAGAGAAGCAAGUCUUAAAUGAAAAAUUAAAUCAAGCUGAAGAAUGGCUUUAUGAUGAAGGUUUAGAAACCACUAAGGCAAACUAUAUUGCCAAGUACGAUGAGUUAGCUAAAUUAGGUAAUGUCAUCAAGGAUAGAUACAUGGCUAAGGAAGAAGAAAAAAGACAAGCAAUUUUAGCAGAAGAAAAGCUUGCGAAGGAGGCUGCUGCUGCUGCUGCUGCCGCUGAAGCUGAAGCCAAAGCUGCCACCGACGCUGAAGGUACUGCCGAAGGAACUGCCGAAGGAACUGCCGAACCUACUGUCGAGGACAGUGCCGAUGCCGACGUUGAUGUUGAAAUGGAUUAG